UUUUUUUUUUUUUUUACUUUUCCUUUUUUCAGCUGCUCUUUAGUUACUUUUCUCUUACGUAACCUUUUAACAAAAACGCAACACCAAAGAAGGAAAUUUUUUUUUAAAAUGGAAACUCAUUUGCUAUUAAAUACCACUCACUACUCAUGCAACAAACAACAACACAAACUAAAGAAACAUAGCACUGACUAUUCCUACGAUUUACGACAUUCAUAUACCCGAGCUCUACGUUGUCUACCUCUUUGCUUCCUUCUCAUUCUCAACCCAACUCUUUCUCUCUUUCUCGCUAUGUUUCUGGUAUCCUCGGUUAUUCCAAUGGACAUUGCAAAGUCGAAGGCUUCAAACACAAGCGACUCUUACUUACCUCCCAAGAAACGGAUGAGACUCAGCGAACCACCCACCGACAAAGCACCAGUUUCCACUGCUAUAAAGAGGGUUUCGUUUUCAGACGGCACAAAAUAUAAAGGAGUGGUUCCGCAGCCUAACGGUCGUUGGGGAGCUCAGAUUUACGUAGACCACAAACGGAUAUGGCUCGGUACUUUCAGUUCGGCUGCUGAAGCCGCCAUGGCUUUCGAUAGCGCUAACAUCAAGCUUCGAAGCUUUGACACUAACUCGGAAAGAAACUUCCCAUGGUCUGAUUUAACGGUCCAAGAACCGGUGUUUCAAAAUGGCUACACAACAGAAGCUGUCUUGAACAUGAUCAAAGACGGUUCUUACCAACGCGAGUUCAUUGAUUUUCUCAAAACCCGGUCUCAGGUUGUCGUGGGAUUAAAACAGAACCGAAGAGAUGAAGAACCCAACAAGUGCUUCUCAUCCAGGCAACUUUUUCAGAAGGAACUGACAGCGAGUGAUGUUGGGAGACUCAACAGGCUUGUGAUACCGAAGAGGUAUGCGGUGAAGUAUUUGCCUUUCAUAAGCGAAAGAGAAGAAGGCGAGAUAAUAGACGAUGUUGAGGUUGUGUUUUAUGACAGAGAGAUGAGACCAUGGAAGUUUAGGUAUUGUUACUGGACUAGUAGCCAGAGCUUUGUCUUCACCAGAGGAUGGAUCGGUUUCGUCAGGGAGAAGAGCCUCAAGGAGAAAGAUGCGAUCACUUUUUACACUUGUGAUGUUCCGACAUUAGAAGGUCAAAGCAAAAAGUUCUCGAUGAUCGAUAUCCAUCGCUUUUCAGACAACGACUCCGUGGUCACUGAUGAUGAGGAAGUAAACAAGACAGUUCAUAAUAUUUCUGAUGAUGUAAUGAAACCAGAGAAGUUCUUUAACUCGAAGUUGGGAGAAGAAGAGGACAGAGGAGGGUUUAUGUUGUUUGGUGUAAGGAUCCAAUAGUUUAAAGAAAAUAUAUGUAGCAUGUCAUCGAAAAUAAUAAAUAAAAAAUUGGAAACAAAACACAGUUAUAACGGUAUUGUGUAAACUUAAUUUUCAAAAUAAUUAAAGGCCUAGUCUAUCUUCUCUCUUCUCUCUCACUUCCACAAACAAAAUAGUAAAAAUCUGUUAGAAAAGAUACUUUUAUGGCACGCUAUAUCCAAAAAACAAAUUAUAUUUCUGACAUGGUCAAGGAUCAUAACCAUGUAGUAAAUGAUCAUCAUACUAAACCAACAUGAGAGAUGGAUGAUCAGUAAGAAGCAGAGCGUAAUUGGUCUCGAGUGCCAUGGAGAAAAUGCGCCACCCUCCAAGACUUACCUUCACAGCUCUCACGUAUUCAGUAUUUGUGUAGGUACAACUCAAUUAAAUAGAUUAACAAAAUUGGCGUCAACUAUAAAAUUUGAGAAUACACCUGAAACAGAGGAACUAACAAAGAUUUAGAAGGUUCCUUUUAACUAUUAAGAAAUUGGUUGAGCAAGAGAGCAGGGAUAUAUAUCACUAAGUCAUGUUUUAUUGUUAUUUUGUACGUAUAAGUAUAAGGAAAUUAAUGACUUAGUGAUAGAAUGAUAAUUUGUUUUAUGUUUUAUAAAUUAUAUUUUCUUAACCGAAGUAAAAGAAAUUAAAAACCAAACCAAACUUAUUUCGAUUUGACUUCUGUUAAAAUAUGCAUAGAACCAAACAAACCUUUCGAAAUGUUAAGUUUCUUUAUCAAACAAAAUUAUUAGUAUAGCCUAUCAAAACAACAAACAAAUAAA